AUGGAGGGCUGGAGUGAGAUCCUUAGAGUCACCUUAAACACCCCCAUCAGCUCCGUUGAAUUCGACUCCCACAGCAACUUGCUCUGGGCCGGUGACAAUGACGGCUACGUUGGGGGGUACACUCCUGUGUCCAAUGGAUUCGGGGAUCAAAUCUCCCUCUAUCCUUACACCAAGUUCAAGUCGAGUCUUGGAUCAGAAGCCGUUUCCCACAUCGCCACCGGCUCCAAUAAAGUGUAUUCACUUUCCUUGAACAAUAUUAACAUAAACAACAAACGAGGGGUUCCUCUCGGCAGUAUCAACUCCCAUUUGAAUCCUCAUUACUCGGGGUUCAACUGCAUGGCAUUAAAUGAUCUUAACAAUGAAUUGAUAGUGAACAAGACCCACGGACUUUUCAAGAUCAAUCUCCUCGACCCCAAGGUGUAUGAGGACCUUGGCUUCAACGAAAACUUGUCAUUCAUCAACCAUCUGUCGAAGUUCUUGACGUUGGGAAAAAUGGAUGGUUCUGUCAACUUGUUUGACCCACAAACCAAGAAGGUGAUCAAGGAAUUCCUAGGCCAUAACAACGGCUUGAGUGACAUGGACAUCAAUGGGAACUAUCUCGUCACGUCGGGCUACUCUCUUAGACACAAUUCGUUCUUUGUGGAUCCAUUGGUUAACUUGUACGACUUACGAAUGAUGAAACUAUUGGCACCAAUCCCGUUCCCCUUUGGCCCUUCCUUUGUCAAGUUCCACCCCAAGCUUCCCAAUUUGGUGCUCAUUGGGUCAAAAUCGGGAAAUUUGCAGUUUUUGGACAUCUUUGACCAGCUGAAAUUCCAAUUGUACCAAGUGGAUUUGAUAAAUAGUUCCAACUAUAUCUCCAACUUGAAAAUGAGUAACAACGGAGAGUUUAUUAGUUUCAACGACAGUUUCAACAACUUGAUAUUAUGGAGUUUCAACGACAGUAAACGAUUUGUCAACUUUCCUAUGGAAUUGGAAGGGUCCUCUAACAUAGAGGAUCCAUCAAGGAAUAUUCCUAUAGAUAAACAUGAUAUUCCUUUGAACAUAGUGGGAAUGCCUUAUUAUAAAGAUUUAUUGCUAUCUAACUAUGGUUCCAACUUGAUCUUUACCAAAGAGCUCAGCAAGCUCCCUCUUACGUAUGACCCAGAUGUACCAUAUUUGAAGUUCAUGGAAAAUAAGUUUGAUUCCAACUUCAACAAGUAUUACCCUUUGAAGAAAUCCAGUGAUUCCAGUAAGAUCCCAUUCAUAAGUGAUAGUACAUCCAAAUUUGAUGAUUCGGUGUUCACCAAAAUCCCCAAUUGCUAUGCCAAAUUGUUAAUCAAAUAUUCCAAAUUUGGUAUUGAGGAUUUCAACUUUGAACUUUUCAAUAAAACUUCUUACAGUGGCUUGGAAAAUAACCUCGACAACUCAUAUUUGAACUCAAUUCUUCAAGUGUAUAAGUAUCAACCUAACUUUCAGAAUUUGGUGUUGAAGAAUCUCUUUAAUGAGUGGCUUCCUAAUGAUGCUGUGACAAUAAUAGAAAACAAAAAUUUCAAGGGAUCCUCUCUUUUGAACGAGUUGGGAUACCUUUUCGAUAUGCUCAAUAAGUCCAAGGGUAAAAAUGUCAAAAUUUCCAACUUUUCUGAGUUUCUCAACACUUUGGCACCCCCUGAUUUGUUGAAUUGCGAUGAUCUCAAGUCUGUCAACUCCCAAUCCUUGAAAAAUAAGAUCUUGAAAUUCAAUUCCUUCUUUUUGGCUAAGCUACUUGAUGAUUUCCACCGUCAAAGCUCUUUCUGGAAAGAUUUCGGUUCGUUAAUUCUCAUCAAAUGCUUGGUCGGAGACCAAGUAAGUGUGUUUCCUAAUAUCAACUUGUUCCCCAUGCAUAAUACCGAUUUGUCCAUUGUGGAAUACUUAAACUAUACAAUGACCAACAUAGUCGAACUUCCAAAGGUCUUGUCGAUAAAUGUCAACCUCAAUAAUCGAGAUUUCCGCCAAUUGAGCCCAGGUUGGCUCAGUCAGCACAUCUACACCACUAAGAACCAGAACUUCUUCACGUUCUCUAAAUCUCCCAACAACUCUGGUACCUAUAAACUUUUGGGUUAUGUUGCUGAAAUUAACAAUGGUCCAGAGACCUCCAUUGGUAACCACAACUUGAUCUCGUUUGUGAAUAUCGGAGAUAAAUGGUACCUAUUUAAUGAUUUCUUGGUGAGAGAAAUCGAAGAGGAAGAAGUGCUUAAUUUCCAACAGAACAACAAAAAACCAUUGGUCAUCGUGUACCAGGAUAUACAAUGUGACUCUCUAUAUACCGUGAGUGAGCAGGAUUACCCCCAUAUUGAUGACUCAAUUUUGUACAGAGAUCACUUUGCCUUGACCAUUCGCGAAGACUACAUCAAGCAGUACAAGCUUUUAACCAAGAGUAAUGCACCCCAACCAGGCAGCUUGAUAGCCAUUGACGCCGAGUUUGUAAUUCUUGAGGAUGAGAAGGUGGAAAUCAGCUCAAAUGGGUUCAAGAAUCUAAUUCAGCCUAAGAAGAUGAGUUUGGCUAGAAUCUCCGUCAUUGAUCAAGAUGAGAUUCCUUUCAUCGAUGACUACAUCAUUCAUACCCAACCAAUCAAGGAUUAUAUCACGUCCUUCUCAGGAAUUGAACCGGGCGACUUGGACCCCAUCAACUCCACCAAAAACUUGGUGACACUUCAAACCAGCUACAGAAGAUUAUGGUUGUUACUCAACCUUUCGUGUGUGUUUGUUGGUCAUGGAUUACAGAAUGACUUCCGUACAAUCAACAUACAUGUUCCCAAGAACCAGAUUAGAGACACUUCGGAGCUCUACUUCCUCUCUGAGUUUCGCCGAAGACUUUCACUUAAGUUCUUGUCAUAUGCGGUUCUCGGAAAGAAAGUCCAGGUGGGAAACCACGACUCCAUUGAAGACGCCAAAUUUGCCCUUAAAUUGUUCAAAAAAUACCUUGAGCUCCAGAAAUCCCAUGAGCUUGAACGUAUUUUAGACAAUGUGUAUUUAGAAGGUCAACGGACAAAUUUCCGUGUACCUGACGCUUAA